AGAAUGGCUCCCACAAAGAAGGGUGGCAAGAAGAAGAAGGGCUGUUCUGCGAUCAAUGAGGUGGUGACCCAGGAAUACACCAUCGACAUUCACAAGCGCAUCCCUGGCGUGGGCUUCAAGAAAUGUGCACCUCAGGCACUCAAAGAAAUCCGGAAAUUUGCCAAUCUAGAUGUACGCAUUGAUACCAGGCUCAACAAAGCUGUCUGGGCCAAAGGAAUAAGGAACGUCCCAUAUCAAAUCCGUGUGCGGUUGUCCAGAAAACGAAACGAGGAUGAAGAUUCACCCAACAAGCUCUACACUCUGGACUAUGUAUCUGUUACCACUUUCAAAAAUCUACAAAUAGUCAAUGUGGAUGAGAACUAA